AUGGCUAGCCACAACAUAAACAUCAACGAUGAUGAGAUGUGGGAUGACUCGGUGCUCGUCGCCUCCUGGAACGAGGCCCUAGAUGAGUACAAGAAAUACCACAGCAUACACGCCAGGGGUGGGACUAUAAGAGAACUGAAAGCUUUAUCGUCAUCAAAGAAAGCAAACGAGGACAACUCGGCCCCGGACUCUGCCUCUGAAGUUAAGAUAGAAGCAGACCAAGAAUUGAUACCGGAUAGGUUGCAAGAACAGAAGAUAAAAGACGUCGCUUCUGAGGCCGCCGGCGUGCCUCCCGCCCUCCCACCUCCACAAGCGGUGCUGGGAACCGUUCGAGAUGAAAAUCUGAAGAAGCUAUUAAUGUCCUGGUAUUAUGCAGGAUACUACACUGGCCUCUACGAGGGGCAGCAGCAACAGGCGCCGCAGCAGCAACAGCAUCAAUGA